UCCCCGCCCUCGAGCCGCGGUGCCGGAGCCGCCGGCCGCCCGAGGAGGAGGUGGAGGAGCCGGAGGGACCCUCCAGGCGGCGGCGGCGGCGGCAAGAUGGCGGACUUCCUGCCGUCGCGGUCCGUGCUGUCCGUGUGCUUCCCGGGCUGCGUGCUGACGAGCGGCGAGGCCGAGCAGCAGCGCAAGUCCAAGGAGAUCGACAAAUGCCUGUCGCGGGAGAAGACCUACGUGAAGCGGCUCGUGAAGAUCCUGCUGCUGGGCGCGGGCGAGAGCGGCAAGUCCACCUUCCUGAAGCAGAUGCGGAUCAUCCACGGGCAGGACUUCGACCAGCGGGCGCGCGAGGAGUUCCGCCCCACCAUCUGCAGCAACGUGAUUAAAGGUAUGAGAGUGCUGGUAGAUGCCCGAGAGAAGCUUCAUAUCCCUUGGGGAGAUGAUGACAACCAGCUCCAUGGAGACAAGUUGAUGGCGUUUGAUACCCGGGCUCCCAUGGCUGCAAAAGGAAUGGUGGAAACUGGAGUUUUUUUACAAUAUCUUCCUGCUAUAAGAGCCUUAUGGGCGGACAGCGGCAUACAGAAUGCCUAUGACCGGCGUAGAGAAUUCCAGCUGGGUGAAUCUGUAAAAUAUUUCCUGGAUAACUUGGAUAAACUUGGAGAACCAGAUUACAUUCCAUCACAACAAGAUAUUCUGCUUGCCAGAAGACCUACUAAAGGCAUUCAUGAGUAUGACUUUGAAAUUAAAAAUGUUCCUUUCAAAAUGGUUGAUGUAGGUGGUCAAAGAUCAGAAAGGAAACGUUGGUUUGAAUGUUUCGACAGUGUGACAUCAAUACUUUUUCUUGUUUCCUCAAGUGAAUUUGACCAGGUGCUUAUGGAGGAUCGACUGACCAAUCGCCUUACAGAAUCUCUGAACAUUUUUGAAACAAUCGUCAAUAACCGGGUUUUCAGCAAUGUCUCUAUAAUUCUCUUCUUAAACAAGACAGACUUGCUUGAGGAGAAAGUGCAAAUUGUGAGCAUCAAAGACUAUUUCCUAGAAUUUGAAGGAGAUCCACACUGCUUAAGAGACGUCCAAAAAUUCCUGGUAGAAUGUUUCCGGAACAAACGCCGGGACCAGCAGCAGAAGCCCUUGUACCACCACUUCACCACCGCUAUCAACACGGAGAACAUCCGCCUUGUUUUCCGUGAUGUGAAGGAUACUAUUCUUCAUGACAACCUCAAACAGCUUAUGCUACAGUGAUGUAUAAAAGACUUGCUAUUGUAAUACCUUUUUGUGUUUUUGAUUGUUUUCUGUUUGUUAUGUUUUAUUUUUUAAAAAUAGCAGUUUACAACAGGAAUUAGAAAAAUCUUGAUUCUAGGUAAUCUUAGUCCUUGUGCGCCUUUGGUUUGUGGCCAAAAACUGCUGAAUAACGUAUCACCAGUAUCUGCUGGAAUUCAGGCUUUGAUCAGUUUCACCAUGGCUUCCAUUCAAGUCCACAUGUAACCUGGCCAAUCGCAGACUAGGUGUAUGUCAGGCUUUCCAUUCCUCCACUUUUCAAACAGAAUUCUCCUGUAGUGCCAAGUGUAGACAGCACCCUAAAUACCUGUAGGAAUGAGGUUAGGAAUAGCUCUAAAACAAGUAAGAGAUCUUCAGUCUACUUUACACAGACUAGUGACGCUUACUGCCUACCUUUAGGAUGAUUAUUUUGAAACGGCUGUUGGAAAAAAGUUCAAUCUAAGGAAUGGCAGGCUUGUCAGUUAACACAGGUGUAGCAUUCAUGUGUUUGUAAUUGCUUACAGACACAACAGCUGUUUUUUGUUUUUGUUAUUUAAUUUCUGUGGUUUCUGAAGAUAAUGUUCUUAGUGUUUUAAAGUUUACAUAAGGAUUUCUGGUCUGAUGUGAAAGAGUUGACAAAUGGUACCAGGGAGCAAAAGAUAAGCAAAUACUAUAUAUAAUACUUUGAUCAAAAGUGAUGAGUGAAAUACAAUUUGCCUUUUUCAUGUUUGAUUAUCAUGUAAUUUAAUGUGCCAUAAGAGAAAUAUUUUGGCCACUGCAGCCACUAUAAACUACAGGCAAACUAAUAACAGAAACAAACAUACCUGUUCCAGAAUGCUGUGUGCUUUGCUUUUAAACCUGUCUUAGCUGAUCUCAUUCCUUACAGGAGGAAAUCAGUUUUGCAUUGUUGCCUCUUUCUUUUGCUCCCUGUCUAGCCCCCAACAACUCCAAACUGUGGCAUUUAAGGGGUUCUUUUGUUUAUCAAAGCUUGCCAAGGGCAGUAUUUUCAUGUCAAACUAUUCAGGAAGGUAUUAUUUGAGAUUCCUGUUCAUUCUUGGUAUGUUGCUAAAAGAUACAGUAUGUACGUGUUUGUGUAAUUAUUGUUUAUGAGAAGCCAACUUUGUUGAGGUACAUUUUAAAUGUCUUAAGAGUGCUUCUAAGAAUAAGUAAUCUUUUCAGUUCACACCUAAAGAUGAUUGCGUUUGACCUCCCCUCACUGCUUACCAAAUUUAAACCAUGCCCAUGAAGUAGCUCUGUGAGUACAAAAUGAUUCUAUCAUAGUGAACUCAGCAGAGUGGCUGGUUUGAAGUACUAAAAAUGUUGCAUGGUAGGUUAUACGUAGUGUUAAAAUUGGAUUAGAGGUACAGAUGUACAAGGCUGGUGAGAGUUUGCAAAGUCUGACAGCUUUUCUACUUUUCCUGAAAAUUGUGAUUACGACUGUGAUAUCUGUUAGCUUACUGUGUAGCUGACUGUAUUCUCAGGUGUUUCAUUGAUCCUUGAAAGACCGGUCAGCAUUUGGAUCACCCAGCGUUUCUAAGUCACUGGCUCUUGUUCUGUUUCUCUGUCAGGUAUGAGAGCAGGGCCUUUCGGUGUGCUAGCCAGGGAUUUGUUCUUGACACACCUAACUUUUCUUGCAUUUGAAGUUUCACUGUCAUUAUAGCCAUAUGAAUUCCAGUGCAUUCAUGCCUUGAAUAUUGAGCUUCAGAAAUGUUGCUGGACAUCAUAAUGUUGAUAAUGUAACUCAUGCAUGUUGGAAUAGUUUUACAUCUACUGCUUUUUGCCUAAAAAGAAUACCUUGUUUAAGUUCACAGGAUUAGCAUAAUCCACUGCCAAUGAAUACUGUAUCUGAAUAUGUGCAUGGUAACAUUUGGUCUGUUUGGUGGUCUGUGUAAAUUUAGCAAAUAGUUUUAUUUGAAUGGCCAAGACAUUUGACUCCUGUGAAGGCUGAAUUCCCUGUAGAAAGUGGACACUUAGGCUGUGUAAAUUAUAUUUAAGGUCUGUGAUAACAAUAAGUAUUGCCUGACAAAGCAGAAAUCCCCAAGCUUCUCCAUUUUGACUAUUCCCAAGAAAUAUUAAGCCACCAACUAGAUAUGUUAUCAUUUUGGAUAUUUGCAGUUUUCUUCUGAUGCAUGUAAUGUCUCAGAAUCACCAUUCUUUUCAAAACCUAGAAUAUAUUUUGAGGCAGUAAGUUACUUGUAUUUAAGUUACACAGGCUUGUUUAGAUAUUCAGUAGAAUUGUAAAGUUCAAAGACUUUAGUCCCACAUGUUUUUGUAUAGUAUAUUUUUAAACCAUUUGAAAGAAGUUUUUUAACUAUCAUGAAAACCAGAUCCUUUUUUAAUUGAAAUACCACUGUAUGAAAAGGGAGAUGAAAUUUAAGGAUCAGAAUUUAAAAGGUGCUUGUAAUCUUCACCCACUUCCCUUCAAUCUCUAAAAAAGUAACUCUGAUGUAAAGCUCAUUGGUGUAUUCAGUUUCCAAAUCUUUGGUUAUGAUUUGGAACAAAAUGUGCCUAAUUCUUAGAUAUUAUGUUCUGUUUGUAAUUCUGAAUGCUUGCUCAUUGAUCUGAAGAAAUAUCAUGUCUUUGUUGACGUGGAAGGAAUUUAUAGUAUUACAGAGUUGCCUUAUAAGUCAAAGAUCAACAACCUAGACCUUAAUUUUUAUAGUUUUUUUCAGAUGUUUUCUAAAGACCUGAGCAAUUCGAGGCAUGCCUCUACCACUUAAAUACUUUAAUAGCCUGAAUUGUUGCUUUCUGCCAAAUACUGUAUUAAAUUGAAUCUUCAUUUCAAUAUUAUUAUGUGGGAAGGGCACUUGACAACUGGAGUACAGCUGCAGCUGAGGAAUAAAUACAGUGAGGAAAGAAAAAGAUCAUUUUUUGUUUUCUUUUAAGUUGUGUUGACUAAUACUUAAGAAAAAGUCCUAUGGUUAAUCUUACAAAUACAGGCUGUUUACUGAAAUCCUUGUUCAGUUGGUGGCAGUGGUUGAUUUAAAUUGAUACCAGAAAUGAUUAGAAGUAUUGAUUUAGAUUAAACAGAAAUCUUGUGCUCUAUAAUUAAACCUUAACUUUCAAUGUAUACCUAAAUACUUGUAUCUUCUGCUUUUGAUAAAAUGUAUUUUUCAGCCUUAGUACACAUAUCUGGUUAUGCCUUAUAUAAAGAAUAAAGUUACCAAAUUAUGCUGUUAUGUUCUGAAACUCAAAUCACUAUUUGAGAAACCCUCAAAUUGGUGCUUUCAUUAUUUAAUGAUGCAUUUAGACAAAACCACAAACAAGCCAUUUGAAACAAGAUUCUCUCCGUUGCCAUCUGUAGCAAUGUUAUUUCUAUAUAUGUAAUGAGAAGGCUAAAUAGCAGUGUUAACUCUUAAUUUCUUGUUUGAAUCCAUGGAAUCAUGCCUAUAAGACCAAGCCAAACGUUUGUAACAAACUCCCUAAUAAAGCUAGAGAAGUUACCCUUUCAUUUCUUUUAGUUUUAUUUGAGGAAUCAAGAACAAGUUUUGCACAUGCCUUUUCAUUUGGAAACCUUAACAGUACUGGUUACUUUGGUCUUUUUCCCAUCGAUUCAGCAUGUGAUAUAAUAACAGAUGAUACCUUUGUGUUGUGCUGCUUGACUAAAAAUACUGUUUUUUUCUUACCUCCUGACCUCCCUCCUUUCCUUCUUUCUUUCCUUUAAUGCUAGGAUACCAGUUGGCCUUUCAGUCUAGAAUUUAGUAAACAUGAAGAGGGGAGAGAUUACAAGUGGGUGUGUAUGUGUCUCCGUGUUCCAAGUAAAGCAGAUGAUUCAGCAUACACCCCUUAUUUUAGGGUACGAGUUUAGGGCUUAAUAAAUUUAUACUAAACCUGAAUGUUUUACAUCAAUUGUUCUUUGGUUUUUUCAAUACCAUCAAGUAGAUAACAGCCUCGGGUUGGUAGGUGGUUAUUAACAUCAUUUGAAGUACAGUAUUUGAACCACUUACAUUAGUAUGUCUAUCAUGAUUGUAUAGUUAGUACUUAAUAUGUUCAUCAUUCAGGUAUAACUAUAUGGUUUCAACUACCAGAACUUACACAGAACGUUGUUAUUUUUUUCAAGGCAUUAAUGCUAUGGCAAUAUUUUCCGAGUUGAUAAUUGGGGUCUAUACAAAUCUUCUGUUAAUGAUGGAUUUAUACAAUGAAUUGGAGUCUGGGACCCAUACAUAAUAGCAUAAAUUUUCAUUCAGUGAAUGUCGUUGAUAGUAAUAAACUACUUGGUAUGUGAUGUUAGUUUGUAUUUUAAAAGCUUGUUUAUAAUAUUCUUACCAUACUAAGUGAUGAUUUGUCCUUGGUCUAUGACUGAUGACACCAGGAAUAAAAGGGAGAGGGAAGGGAUUAAUCUUUGUUAUGUUUAUUUAACAAUGCAACAAACUAUGCCAUUUACCCUUUCUUUACCCCUUACUUGAAAGCAGACUCGCAAAAUAUUUUAAGUGGCUUUUCUCUAUUCUAUGGUAAUUUAUCACAAGAAGCCUUAUCCAAAAGUAUAUUUUGCUACAACCUCUUACAUACUGUAUCUAGCAAAACAUAAUCUGUAUUAGCUCUGUACAAAAAUAUUUGUGGCUUAGGGUUUUUUUUACCUAUAUCUUUUUAUAACCUUCCAAGAACUAAGCACAUUAUAUGAUUGUAAAUUUUUUUUGGUCAGUGCUUUAGUUCAGGAUUGGCAGUAAGUUAUUUCUAAAGGAGGUCUAAAAGUGGAAAGGAUGGUUUGAUUUUAUAAAAUGAGUUGCUAUUCAUUAAGGCUUUUUGCUUUUGUAAACAUUUUGCCAAAAAAGUUUUGCCUCUUUCUAUUAAUAUUUGCUUUGUAAAAAUUACUGACAUUUAAUAAAAAUUUAUAAAUGA